AUGGGUGCAAUAGAGGGUGCAAGCGUUGCUGGAGUGGGUGCAGCGUUGGAGACACAUAUCGAUAAUGCUGGCUAUUCUGAGGAGCUCUUUGAUCAAGAAGUUGAACUUGAAGCCUCUAUCUCGGUCAUGCUCUCUCGGAAAGAUGACCUGCUUCGCCAGAAAAGUAGAAUUCGAUGGCUCCAGGAUGGAGAUCGAAAUACUCAGUUUUAUCAUAACAUGGUGAGAAUGAAGCGCGCUAGUCAUACCAUCAAGCAUCUUGAGAUUAACGACGUCCUGGUUGAUAAUAAUAACACUUUGGCGUCUCAUGUGGAAAACUUUUAUAAAUCUCUUUUUGCGGCGGAUUCGAAUCUUGGGGGCGAUCUUUCGUGGAUUACUAAUUAUAUCACCAGUAGCCUCACUGUGGACCAGAACUCGGCUUUGGUUACUUGUCCGACUACGACGGAGAUCAAAGCGGUGGUCUUUGCUAUGGACAAAGAUAGCGCUCCCGGCCCGGAUGGCUUUGGAGGUAGUUUCUACCGUUCCGCUUGGGACAUUAUUGAGCAUGAUUUCUGUUCCGCCAUCAGAAGAUUCUUCACUCAUCAUUAUCUCCCUUCGGGUCUCAAUUCCAAUACUCUGAGCCUUCUUCCCAAAAAAGUAGAUGCAAAAGUUAUCUCUGAUUAUCGGCCCAUCGUUCUUGGCAAUUUCUUUUACAAAGUUAUUUCCAAGAUUCUGGCGAUCCGGCUGAAUGCUGUUGCUGCCACCAUCGUCUCCAACAAUCAAUUUGGCUUUAUUUUGGGACGUUCUAUUCAUGAGUGUAUCACUCUUGCCUCGGAAGGGGCGAACUGCAUGGAGAGGUCUUUACACGGCAAAAACAUGGCUCUUAAAGUCGACAUUCAUAAGGCCUUUGAUACGCUUAGAUGGGAUUUUCUUCUGUUCGUGCUUCAAGAGUUUGGCUUCUCCAAUAUUUUCUGCUCUUGGAUCAAAACUAUUCUAAGCUCGGCUCGCAUCUCUAUUAGGUUCAAUGGUGCUCUCUAUGGCUAUUUCGAAUGCGGCCGCGGGGUAAGACAAGGAGAUCCUUUGUCUCCCAUUCUUUUUGCCUUGGCGGAAGAUGUUCUUAGCCGUAUUUUUCUGGAUGCUGCUAAUCGGGGUUUAAUCACUGGCAUGCGUUUCUCGAGAUAUUUGAGUUUUCCUUCUCAUCUGCUUUACGCUGACGAUGUCCUCCUGUUCUGUCAGGCAUCAAAGCGUAAUUGCAUUAUUAUAGACUCGAUUCUUCAGCUAUAUGCCACGGUCUCUGGUCAAUACUGCAACAAGCAUAAGUCUACUCUUUACUUCGGGAAAGGGGUGUCUCCUGGGCGACGUUCUCGGCUUCAACGGGUUUUGGACUUCAACAUUGGCUCCAUGCCUUUCACAUAUUUGGGAGUGCCUAUUUUCUCGGGACGACCUUCUUCUGCUAAGCUUCGACCUAUCUAUGAUCGGAUUCUUGCCCAUUUCCCUAGGUGGCAAGGUGGUCAACUCUCUAUGGCGGGCAGGCUCUGCUUAGUCUCUUCUGUUAUCAACAGUUCUGCGGUACAUAGCAUGCUUGUUUAUAAAUGGCCAGCGAAACUUCUGCAUGCUCUUGACAGAGCUUGUAAAGCGUUCAUCUGGACUGGGAGUACUCUGAAGAAACCUUCUUUUUCUGUGAGUUGGAACAGAGCUCGUGCUCUGAAGGAACAUGGCGGCAUUGGAGUCAAAUCUUUCUCUGACAUCAAUAAUAGUUUCAUGUUUCGGCUUGGUUGGUAUAUUAUGAACAUGAACAGCUUCGGCUAUCGGCUGCUUCGUCAGAAAUAUCUCACUCAAACCAUGGAUUGGGCUUCCAAAUGGGCGAGUUCGUCGAUUUGGACUGGUGUUAGAAGGACGAUUCGGGAGAUUGCUUCGAAUACCUUCUGCACGAUUGGCACUGGAGAUUCGAUUUAUUUUUGGAGAGAUAAUUGGCUCGGAUAUCGGUUGAUCGACAAAAUUCAAAUUCCGGAAUUCAUGACACCAUAUUUCUCUCAGAAAAUUUCAGACUACUACUUUGAUAAUAAAUGGCACCUCACUUCUAGUUUUAUGCAGUCUUUCCCACGCAUUUCUCUCGACAUCAUAUCUACCCCCAUUCCUGGACUGGCGGACGACAGAUCCUGGAUACACUCGGGUUUCGGGAACAUUACAGCUGCUUCGGCCUUUGCUCACAUUCGACCUCAGUUCCCUAAGGUCGACUGGGGCUCCUGGAUUUGGGCCCCUUUUAUCCCCGCUAGGCGAUCUCUCUUUGUCUGGCGCACUAUUGUUGGCAAGCUUCCUACCUUUGAUAUGAACCGCCUCUUUGGUAUUCAGGGGCCGAACCGCUGCACUUUAUGCUCGGCAGCGGAAGAGACGAUGGAUCACGUUCUGUUAAACUGUCCAUUCUCGGCUUCUAUUUGGGCGGAUGUCUUUCGUUGGUUUUUGAUUGAGAAACCUUUGCCGUUGGACGUGGGCAGCAUGAUUCGCUUCUCUAUCCACCAGAACAACAGCAAACAAGUUGGCAAUUUGUGGAAAGCUGGGGUUGUCUCUCUCCUCUGGAGUCUCUGGUCUCACCGCAACAACGUCAUACACAAAAAUUUAACACCUUCGCGCCACUUGAUUCUCAAGCAGGUCCGGGUUUUUCUUGGUGAAGCUGCCAACAAUUUUGUCCUUGGUACUAUGGCCAACUCGGUUUCUGAUCUUCUCAUUCUUAAGAAUAUUUCCAUCGCUGGACAACCCAGGAAGCCGCUCUCCUAUAUUUACGUUGCUUGGCACCUUCCACCGCCAUCUUGGAUUAAAGUUAAUACUGAUGGUUCGGUUCGUGAAGGGAGGAUUCAUGCGGGGGGCGUCUUUAGGAAUGCCUUCAAUGACGUUCUUGGUUGUUAUCAUUUCUCAGGCGGCCAGGGGGUUGCGUUCGAAGCAGAGCUUUUAGCUAUUAUUAUUGCGAUUGAAUCUGUGCAUCGUGCCAAAUGGGAGAGAGUUUGCUUGCUCUCUCCAAACUCCAUACUUUCACAUGGCGCAUUUCCCACAUUUUUCGUGAGGGCAACAGAUCGGCGGAUUUUUUGGCUUCUCAAGCUUGGGAAGAGGGUUUUUGGCCUCAUGCCAUUGCUGGUUUAA